UUCAACUUUUGAUUUCACACUGAUUGAAAAGCACCUGAAGGCAGCGUCAGACCGGAUGUUACGCCGUCUUCAUGUCCGCACGUCCUCCAGUGUUUUUGAAAAAGCGGCGGUUACAGCUUCGCCGGCUUGUUGACGAAGCGAUAGCAGUUUUUUUUUCCGCUUCUCUCCAGCACAGGAACAAAACACAAGCUCCUGGUGCUUGUGACAGCCUUUACUGCACCAGGAUCAUGCAACAGCAGCAGUAUUCAAAAGAACGUGGAUAUGGGCUCCUGGGGAAGCUGUGUCUUGGGCCAAAAAAGCUGGAGGGAAAGACCUUCUACCUGGACAAUGUGAAGAAACAGCCAACAGUCCUGCUUUUGGAAUCCAUCUCUCUUUUUGGAGGGAGGGUCGAGAGUUUUCUACACAAGGAUGUAAACUUUGUUGUGACUGGAAACAAAGAAGGCCUGGACAAGAAGAGUAUUGUUUCCAAGGGUGGGGCAAGUCAAUCAGCCCAACAACUAAUUAAGCAGCGGGACAACGGCCUCAUCAAGCAGCGACCUGGAACUCCCAGGCCAAUGGCUUGCAGCAGUCGAGGGAAAGCGCUGCUCGAAAAAGCCAUUCGCAACAAUGAACGACUGCAGGGAAGCAGUGUUUUGUCCAGUGCUCGAUCAUGGGGAGUCAAGAUUUUGCAUGUGGAUGGUAUCCUUUUGACUAAAUUUAAUGGAAUUUCACAACACACCAUGAUUAACAUGCAGUGA